AUGGCGAAGAACUCACCCAAAGACCAGCAAAAGACACCGUCGGAGUCGUCCCCGCUAUUAGGACAGUCGACAAACAUCAACCUACCGACCCACACCGAUGACUUCUCACACUUGCCACCCCAUGAAGCAGAGCUUUUGCGGGCACAAAUAGUCGUCAAGCCUGUGAAGGCAUCGUUUUGGUCUAUGUAUCGUUAUGCUAGUCGGAGUGAUCGCUAUAUACUUGCUGUUGGCUUUAUUGCCUCGGUUGUUUCUGGUGCUCUGAGACCUCUGAUGACUAUCUUGGUCGGAAACGUCGCGCAGCUCUUUGUCACAUACAGACCGUGCAUGAAUACCGACGGGACUGCUUGCUACAAUGAUUAUGGGAACUCGACGUAUGGUAACUCGACCUACGGCAACUACACUUCUUACGAAAACUCCACCUACGGCUUCAAUGAGCUGGUGUACAACGAUAUGCCCGAAAAUAUCUCGCCUGAUGAAUUUCAGAGGACCAUCAAUCAGAUUGCAUUCUUUUUCAUAAUGCUCGCCGUGACAGAUUUUAUCGCGUCGUCUAUCGCUACCUUCGUCUUCAUCGACCGAGGUGAAGUCCUCUCCUCUAGAAUCCGAAGCCAUUAUCUCGAGUCUACUCUUCGACAGAACAUUGCAUACUUUGACAAGCUCGGCACCGGAGAGAUUACCUCCAGAAUUUCCGGCGACACCUUACUCGUCCAAGAGGGAAUGUCUGAGAAAGUAUCACUUGCAGUAUCUUCAAUGACGAAUUUCAUCGCCGCAAUGGUCGUUGCGUUCUUCCGCUCGUGGAAAUUGUCGUUUAUUCUUCUGGGUAUCAUCGUGAGCGUCGUCGUCACAAUGUCAGUAUGUUCUCGCUACAUGGUCCGGUUCUACCGCCGCUCUCUGGCUGGUUAUUCUGUCGGCGGCACGCUUGCCGAGGAGACCCUCGCAAGCGUGCGCAACGUGCAAGCGUUUGCUAUCGAAGAGCGUCUGGCGCUGCAAUACGACCAGUUCCUCUCCGUCUCGGAGCUGUGGGCGCACAGAGCCGGCAUGAUUUUGGGACUCACGACUGCUCUGAUUUGGUUCUUCAUGCACUGCAAUUAUGCGCUGGCGUUCUUCCAGGGUUCGAGGUACAUUGCUUCGCACUACUUGGAAGUCAAGCAGGUGAUGUCGACGUUGAUGGUGAUCAUGAUGGGUGCGUUCUGGCUCUCGCAUAUUCCUCCUCAUCUGCGAUACAUUGCCAACGGUAUGGCUGCUGCAUCUAAGCUUUUUACCUCGAUUGAUCGCGUUUCGGCAAUCGAUCCUUUUGUCGAAGGCAAGAAGUUUCCUUCUGAGGAACUUGUUGGCAAGGUCGAAUUCCAGGACGUAAAGUUCAUCUACCCAUCGCGCCCCCAGUCUGUCGUCCUCGAGCACUUUAACCUCACUAUCGAAGCCGGCCAGACCGUCGCUUUAGUUGGCUUUUCUGGGUCGGGAAAGAGUACCAUCAUCGGUAUUCUAGAGCGGUUCUACACUCCCGUUGGUGGACACGUCUAUUUGGAUGGCCACGACAUCAACGAGCUCAGCGUCUCGUUCUUGCGCGAGCAGAUUGCGCUUGUGUCGCAAGAGCCUGUGUUGUUUGCGUGCUCGGUGUUUGAAAACAUUGCGUACGGCCUUGUAGGCACGCGGUACGAGCACGUCUCGGAUGUUGAGAAGGAGACGCUGGUGCGAGAUGCAUGCCGUCAAGUCAACGCUUUGGACUUCAUUGAGAGACUCCCUAAAGGCUUGGAUACGCACGUCGGCGAGCGGGGUUUCUUGCUUUCUGGAGGACAAAAGCAGCGUAUUGCGAUUGCGCGUGCGAUUGUUAGCAACCCUAAGAUUCUACUUCUUGACGAGGCCACCUCUGCUCUGGAUACGAAGAGCGAAGGUGUUGUACAGCAGGCGCUUGACAGUGCGUCCAAGAACCGAACUACGAUUGUUGUCGCGCACCGAUUGUCUACGAUCAAGGACGCGGAUAAAAUCAUUGUUAUGUCGAAGGGCAAGAUCAUGGAGAGCGGCACGCACAAUGAGUUGCUUGAGAAGGAGGGAGAAUACUACUCCCUAGUUCAGGCGCAAAAGAUUGAAGCGGCGAAGGAGGUGGUCGUGGAUGACAACCAGACUGAUAGCUACGAUUCCGAAUCCGACGACGCUAAUUCAUCGACUGCGUACGAUACUAGCUCUUAUGAAGAGAAGGAAGACGAAAAGCAUGGCUUGAAUCUUACUAGAACAAAGACCGGCCACUCGAUCUCGAGCGUGAUUUUGCGCCAGAAGCCAGAGCCGAAAGAGAAGAAAGAGGAAUCUACGUUUGCGCUCAUCAAGUUCCUCACCUCUCUUACCAAAGGUAGCAACCACUUUCUUCUAAUUGGAUCCAUCACCGCGGUCAUCAACGGAUUCGGCCAUCCCGCCAUUGCGAUCUUGUACGCGCUCUGUCUCCAGGCUUUCCGCGAUGGUCCAGAUGACUACGACGUGAUGCUUGCCAAGAUCCGCGUGUAUGCUCUGAUUUUCUUCUUGAUUGGCAUACUGCAGCUCACCGCAUACUUUAUCUGCAACGCGUCUCUGUCUCUGGUCGGCCAGCGAUUGAUCCGCCGCAUCAGAUUCCUGACUUUCCGAUACUUUUUGCGUCAAGAUAUGACCUUCUUCGACGUCAAAGAGAACUCCACCGGCCGUCUGACCGCAUUACUUUCGCAGGACGCCUUGGCCGUCGAAUCGCUCAGCGGCGCCACGCUCGGCCAGAUCUUGAACGCGCUCUCGAACGUGGUCUCGGGAUCGGUGUUGGCGCUGAUUGUAGCGCCGCGGAUGUCGUGGGUGUUUGUCGCGUGCUUCCCGCUGAUGAUUGGUACUGGCUACGGUCGGUUUUCGCUGCUCGCGAGCGUGCAAGCGCAAGCGAAGAAGAUGAGUGAGAAUUCUUCGGCGUAUGCGUGCGAGGCUGUGUCUACUGUUCGCACAGUGGCGACGCUGACGAUGGAGAAGAAGAUCAUUGACGAGUAUCACACCGAUCUCGUGCGCCAGGGACGGAAGAUGAGAGCGUCGUCGCUAAAGUCGUCGAUCUUGUACGGCACCGCGCAGUCUACGCAGUUUAUCGUCAUGGGUCUUGGAUUCUGGUGGGGAUCACGGUUUGUAAAGUCGGGUGUCUACCAGCCGUUCAAUUUUUACGCCGCGUACAUGUCGUCGAUUUUCGCGGGACAAAACGCGGGUGUUGCGUUUUCGUACGCCGCGGAGAUGGGCAAGGCUAAGAGCGCUGCUAUCAGCAUCAAAAACCUGUUUGACCGAAAGCCGGAGAUUGAUCGCUGGGAAGAUGCUGGUGCUGAGAUUGAUAGCGAGAAGGUGCAGGGAGAGAUCGAGUUCAAGGAUGUGCAUUUUAGAUAUCCCACACGACCUGCCGUGCCUGUCCUUCGGGGUCUGAAUCUCAAGGUUCGAAAGGGCGAGUACAUCGCUCUGGUCGGCGCGUCCGGAUGUGGAAAGAGUACUACGAUCAGCUUGAUUGAGGAGUUUUACAGGCCUUUGAGCGGAACGAUCUUGUUUGAUGGCAAGGAUGUCAAUUCGUUAAACAUCGGGAGCUACCGAAGCCACAUUGCACUUGUGCAGCAGGAGCCCGUGCUUUACGCGAUGACUAUCAAGGAGAACAUCUUGCUGGGCUCGCUCGAGAAUGCGGAAGACGUUUCAGACGAGCGAAUUAUCAACGCGUGCCGUCAAUGCAACAUCCACGACUUUAUCUCGUCUCUGCCCGACGGAUACGACACAAUGUGCGGAACCAAGGGCGUUUUGCUUUCCGGUGGUCAAAAGCAGCGAAUCGCGAUCGCGCGAGCGCUGAUCCGUGACCCGAAAGUGCUGUUGCUGGACGAGGCCACUUCCGCGCUCGACUCUGAAUCAGAGAAGAUCGUGCAGGCGGCGCUCGACCAGGCGGCCAAAGGCCGGACGACGAUCGCUGUUGCGCACAGAUUGAGCACGAUUCAGAACGCGGAUCGGAUCUAUGUGUUUGAUGCGGGCAGAAUUGUCGAGUCGGGAACGCAUUCAGAGCUUUUGAGUUUGAAGGGAAGAUAUUAUGAGUUGGUACAAGCUCAGGCGCUGGAGAAGACAGAGUGA